CAACCCUGUACCUAGCCUUCUCCCUCAAAAAAAAAGACAAGAAAUUUUCCCCGCUUCAGACGCCUUUUACGAAUUAAUUCGUUUGGGUUUUGUUUCUCGUGACGGCUCGCUAAAUCCACCGACAUCCGUCCUAAUAUUGCAAUUCGUGUCUGUUUAAUAAGUUGAACAACUUUGCAAAGAAGUUUUGCGUAGUGUAAUUUAUUUUAGAAACCGACAAAAAAUGGCCGCACCGCCGACUAAGAUUUUCGUUGGACGUUUGCCUCUCGAUGCGAAGCAAGAAGAUCUACGCGCCCUUUUUGAGAAAUAUGGAGUCAUUACAGAGUGUGACGUCCUUAACCGUUUUGGAUUUGUACACAUGAAAUCCGAAGAGAUGGCUAAACGAGCCAUCGCCGCUUUACACAAUUCCGAAUUCAUGGGCUCCCGCAUUACUGUGGAGCCUUCGACUGGAAAGAAGGGAGCUGGUGGAGGUGGCAGGGGAGGACGUUCUCCAGGUGGUGGUCGUGGAGGUGGCCCAGUUGGUCGCAAUGGAGGAUUUGGUGCUGGUAGACCAUCACCCUAUGAUCGCCCAAGAGGUCUUGGAGAUCGCUAUGGCCCUCCAGGUGGUCUACCUCCUUCAAAUGGUGGAGGUUAUUAUGAAGAUUUCGACAUGUAUGGACGACGAGGACCCGCUCCGGUUUCCCGGGAUCCCUACGGUCCACCAUCAUAUGAACGACGUGGCUACGAGCCAGGUUACGGAGACCGCUACGGAGGUGGCGAUCGGGAUCGGCGUCCUAUGCCCCCAAUGGGCGGUUCACCUUACGAUAGGCGCCCACCACCAUCAGCCGAUUACCCACCAUCCCGAGCCGGACCUGAAUACCGUAGGAGGACGCCACCUCCUGGCCCCAUGGGCGACACCUAUGGUCGAUUUGAUCGUGACGUGUACGAAGCUGUGCCAUCUGAUCCUUACGGCUCUAGACGCUAUCCGGGCGCCGCCCCACUCGGAGACCGAGACCUGCCUCCCCGUCGUUAUUAAAACAAAAAAAUAAAAAAACGAAUGAGAGCUCGAAGUAUGCGCAGCGUCGUCCUUGUGGGAAGUAAGAAAGGAGCGAUUUAAGACAACCGGGAAAAAGUAAAAAAAAAAAAAAACCUCACCGAUUUCGUGUUCUCAUAUCUCGUCCGCCGUCGUCCUCGUCGCGUUCUGAAUAAUAAUUUGAUAAACAAUAAUUAAAAAAAAGACGCAACUAAAAGUGAAAAAGGCGAUGACUUGUUCACUCAACCUCAACACACAAAAAACAUCCGGUCUCUUUUUAUAUAUCUCCACCUUCCUUGGCUUUUGCAGCGCGGCCGUUUGACAGACGAAUAUGCAUCGAGCGUCGCGCGAGUCUAAAGCGAAAAGAAGUUUCACACAUCGAGAGGAUUAAAAUUGUUCAUUUCAUUUUUUUUAAAAAUCUGUCAUGGUCAUCAAUCGAGUAGUGUUUAGUACUUGUCUUGUUUGUAAUCAAUUUUUUUCCUUCAUAUCCGUUCAACCUCGUCUCCUCAGUCGCUCUUCCGGAUGGAUCACAAAAAAAAUAAAUAAGUAGUUUACUUUACGUAAUUGGAAAAGCAGAAAUUCCAUUACCGGAAAGUUUUGACAUUAGAAAUCUUAAUUUGAAAAGCUGAUUCCUGUCCCUAUCACGAUUCUUGCCUCUCACCACCUCCCCUAGUUGACGUCGCCUGCAUUUUUUUUUUGAAAUUUGUCUCACUUCCUUUUUUUUUUUUCAGUUCUCAUAUGAUUUUAAAUUCUUUUUGGGAAUCGUUUUUCUCUUGCAAUUGAUUUUGCUCUCCCCUACAUCUCUCCCCCCGAUAGUACGGUGCGACUUGAUUCGAAAUAAUUUUGUAAGACCGUUGUUUCUUUUGGCUGAAAAGCGACACGUCAUGAAAAAAAAAAGAAUACACGACCAUUUGUGGAUGCUCAACCCAACAACAA